AUGUCAUUUUCGAAUGAAUGUUCUAUUUGUUGUGAGAUUAUAGAAUCUAUCAUACAAUUAUAUCAAUUACCUUGUCUUCAUAUAUAUCAUGUUAAAUGUAUUGAAUCAUGGUUAAAAAAAAAUGAAAAUUCUAAAAUGUGUCCAUAUUGUUGUGAUUCAUAUGAUGACGAAGAACAUGAUAUAAUAUUAAGACAAAUUGAUCAAAGUAGAUUUAUGAAACUUAAGAGAAAAAAUAAAGAAGAACAAACAAUAAAAGAAAGUUUUGAUUUGUUAUUGAAAACAAUAGAAAAAGAAAAAGAGAUGGAAUUAUCAAAUCUGAUAGAAGAUGUUAAA